CCUUCCUCUCUCCCCAAGCUCGCGUCCAUGGCGUUCACCACACCGGCGGGGGUGGGAGGCGGCUUCCUCUCCCUGGCUCUCUCCUCCCCCUCGACCUCCAGCUCGGCCUCCUUCCUCCCCCUCCGCGCCGGCGGCGACUCCCGACGGCGCCGCUUGGCCAUCCCACGGAGAGGAGGCGCCAGGGUAAGCUCUUCACACGGACAGAGCUGGAGAAGAUGUAAUCUCCACAUAUCUCAUUGUGCCGGUGAAGCGACCGCAGUGACUGAGGACGGUUCACACAAUGCUGUUACCGAUGCCGGCGCUGACCAAGCUGAUGACACCAAUGGUGAUUCCACGGAUGUGCCUGAGCCCCUGAACCCGGACGACGUUUCUUCGGUUUACUGGAUAAAGCAGCAGCCUCUCCCUUAUCCUACUGAUGCUCUGGAGCCGUACAUAAGCAAGGAGACGGUGGAGCAGCACUGGGGAGUUCACCAGCACAAGCACGUGGAGAGGCUCAACGGCAUGAUCGGUGGCAGCGAGUGGGAAGGGAUGUCGAUUGGGCAGAUGAUGCUUGCCUCGUUCAACGAGGGCAGGGAGCCACCCCAAGCUCCCUUCUUCCAUGCCGCACAGAUAUGGAACCAUGAUUUCUAUUGGCGAUCAAUGAAACCUGGCGGUGGGGGCAAGCCCCCGGAACGGCUUCUGAAGUUUGUAAACAGAGACUUUGGAUCCUAUGACGGCAUGAUCAAACAAUUCAUGGAUGCUGCAUUAACUCAAUUUGGUUCUGGAUGGGUUUGGCUUUCUUACAAAGGGAGCAAGUUGCCUCAUGUGAAUUCAAAAAGCCCAAUCCCAUCUGACAAUUAUGGUAGGCUAGUCAUCUCAAAGUCUCCAAAUGCUAUCAAUCCCCUUGUAUGGGGCCACUCUCCACUCCUUGCUAUCGAUGUUUGGGAGCACGCGUACUACCUGGAUUAUGAGAAUCGAAGGGCUGAGUACGUCUCUGCAGUUCUAGAGAAGCUUGUGUCAUGGGAAAUGGUGGAGUCCAGACUCCGGAAAGCCGUCCUGCGAGCAAUAGAAAGAGAUGGUCACACUAGCAUGAAACAGCGAAGAAAGGAAAUCCAUGUCGGAGAUGCAAGCACCAGCGGUGAGGCGAGAAGGCGACCAAGAAGUCAGGAUCAGCAGGUCCCUUCCAGCGUGACAGUGAUGCCGGCAGGUGAGGCUGUGCCAAAUUGAGCUGCAAGGCUGGCAACUAGUAUUAUAGGCAGGCAGGUAGAGUCGCUGAUCCCAAAUCCUCUAGAACGGUAGUCUCUGAAGAACGUGCACUCCGCACUGCAGCCGGCACUUUGCUUGAUGGUGACCGUUGUUGCAUGAUUUGCACGCCUCAUUUUUUUUGUUAAUGUUUGUCCAAUAGGAGUGUAGCAUGUAUGAACCAGUUGAGCCUCCAAAGCAAUGCUGGAUAGGCUAAAUUUUUGGUAAGUACCCU